GGUUUGGGUCCACAAGUCGGAAGCUUGUGCACUGCUUCAGCGCCGAGCCGCCGCGGGGAAAAAAUGGAGCCGUUCACCAGCGAUCGGCUUCAGCUCCCCAGGAACAUGAUUGAAAACAGCAUGUUUGAGGAAGAGCCGGAUGUGGUAGAUUUAGCCAAAGAACCUUGUUUACAUCCCCUGGAACCUGAUGAAGUGGAAUAUGAGCCUCGAGGUUCAAGAUUACUUGUUCGUGGUCUUGGAGAACAUGACAUGGAUGAGGAUGAAGAGGAUUAUGAAUCAUCUGCAAAACUGCUGGGCAUGUCUUUCAUGAACAGAAGCUCAGGGCUUCGGAAUAACAUAACUGGCUAUCGACAGGGUCCCGAUGGGGCUUGUUCACUGCCCUCUGCAAGGACCAUGCUAGUUUGUACUUUUGUCCUUGUGGUUGCUAUUUCUGUAAUAAUGGUGAUUUACCUUCUUCCUCGGUGUACCUUUACCAAAGAAGGCUGCCAUAAAAAAAAUCAGUCCAUAGGAAUAAUACAACCUAUUGCAAGUAAUGGGAAGUUGUUUCCCUGGGCACAGAUUAGACUUCCCCAAAACAUAAUGCCAUUACAAUAUGAACUCACCAUACACCCAAACCUCACCACAAUGAAAUUCGAGGGUUCUGUGGACAUAAAGAUUCAGGUCCUUAAAACCACUCAGAAUAUUAUUCUUCAUAGCUCUGGGCAUAAUAUCUCCAAAGUAUUCCUUACUUCAGUAGUUCCAAAGCAAGAGAAACAAGUUGAAUUCUUGGAAUAUAAAUUUCAUGACCAAAUUGCAGUUGUAGCACCUGACGCGCUUUUGGAAGGACACAACUACACCCUGAAGAUAGACUACUCCGCCAAUAUGUCCAACAACUAUUAUGGAUUUUAUGGAGUCACAUAUGAAGAUGAAAAUAAGGAGAAAAAGUACUUUGCAGCAACUCAGUUUGAACCUCUUGCAGCAAGAUCUGCUUUUCCUUGUUUUGAUGAACCAGCAUUUAAAGCAACAUUUAUCAUCAAGAUUGUGAGGGAGGAGCAAUAUACAGCUUUAUCAAAUAUGCCCAAGAGGUCAUCUGUUCCAAUAGAAGGCAGGCUUAUCAAGGAUGAAUUUUUUGAGAGUGUGAAAAUGAGUACAUAUCUGGUUGCCUUCAUUGUUGGAGAAUUGAAGAAUAUGACCCAGGAGACCAAUGGAAUUCUGGUUUCCAUUUACACUGUGCCAGAGAAGAUUGACCAAGCCAAACCUGCUCUUGAUAUAGCAGUGAAGCUUCUUGAUUUUUUUCAGGACUAUUUUGAAAUCAAGUACCCUCUUCAGAAAUUAGAUUUGGUAGCUAUUCCUGACAUUCAAGCUGGAGCUAUGGAAAAUUGGGGUUUGAUCACUUUCCGAGAAGAAACACUCUUAUAUGAUGAUAACACUUCUUCAGUGAUGGAUAGAAAGCUGGUAACAAGAAUAAUUGCACACGAACUGGCCCACCAGUGGUUUGGCAACCUGGUAACUAUGCAGUGGUGGAAUGAUCUUUGGCUAAAUGAAGGAUUUGCUACUUUCAUGGAGUAUUUCUCCUUGAGCAAAAAUUUCAGAGAGUUAUCGAGUUAUGAGGAUUUCUUGAAUGCUCGUUUUAAGACCAUGAGGAAGGAUUCUCUGAAUUCAUCUCAUCCAACUUCAUCUUCUGUUCAGUCUUCAGAACAAAUUGAAGAAAUGUUUGAUUCACUUUCAUAUUUUAAGGGAGCAUCUCUUUUGUUAAUGCUGAAAAGUUUUCUGAAAGAAGAUGUGUUUCAGCAUUCCAUCAUACUUUAUUUACACAAUCACAGCUAUGCAUCUAUUCAAAGCGAUGACCUUUGGAAUAGUUUUAAUGAGGUCACAAAAGAAACUCUGGAUGUAAAAACAAUGAUGAAAACUUGGACCCUACAGCCAGGAUUUCCUUUAGUGACUGUUCAAAGAAAAGGAAAACAAAUUUUUGUGCAGCAAGAGAGAUUCUUUCUAAGGACUACAAAUUCUGGAAUUCAUCCUUUGGAUUCAAGCCAUCUGUGGCAUAUUCCACUUUCCUAUAUCACUAGUGACCAUAAGCCACAAGAGUAUCCACAUGUGACAUUACUAAACAAAAAAUCAGAUGUCCUCAAUCUUACGGAAGAAGUACAAUGGGUUAAGUUCAACGUGGAUGUGACUGGCUACUACAUAGUACACUAUGCAGAUUCCGACUGGGAAGCACUAAUUAAGCAGUUGCAAAGAAACAUUAGUGUCCUGAGUGACAAAGACCGAGCUGGCCUUAUCAACAAUAUUUUUGAACUUUCAAGCCUAGGAAAGGUGUCUCUGAAAAAGGCCUUUGAUCUGAUUGAUUACCUUGGAAAUGAAACUCACACUGCACCUAUCACUGAAGCCCUCUUCCAAACUGUUCUCAUCUAUGACCUGCUGGAAAAAAUUGGAGAGAUAGAGCUAGCCAGAAGAACAGUGACCAGGGUGGCAGAAUUACUUCAACAUCAAAUCCAACAACAAACUUGGAGCGAUGAUGGGACCCUGUCGAACAGAGAACUCCGGUCAAUCCUGCUAGACUUUGCCUGCACCCAUCAUCUGGAGAACUGUAGUACAAAGGCCAUGAAGCUGUUUCAAGAAUGGGCAGAUUCCAACGGUACUAAAAGCCUACCGACUGAUGUCAUGCUAGUGGUGUUCAAAGUGGGAGCAAAAACUGAGGCAGGCUGGACAUUCUUGUUUGAAAAGUAUGGCUCUUCAGAAUCAGAAGCUGAAAGAAACAAAAUCCUUGAAGCUCUUGCCAGCUCAGAGGAUAUACGGAAACUUCACUGGUUAUUGAAAGCUAGUCUUGAUGGAGAUAUCAUCCGAUCACAAAAGCUGCCCAUCAUCAUUAAAACUGUUGGCCGAAGUUUUGCCGGACAUUUAUUGGCGUGGGAUUUUGUCAAAGAGAAUUGGAAUAGGCUUGUACAGAAGUUCCAUUUAGGAUCCUAUACCAUUCAGAGUAUUGUUGCUGGCACAACUCAUCUGUUUUCAACAAAGACACAUUUGUCUGAGGUACAGACGUUCUUUGAAGCUCAGUCAGAGGCAACCUCACAACUCCGUUGCGUCCAGGAGGCCCUACAGAUCAUCCAGCUGAAUAUCCAGUGGAUGGACAAGAACUUAAAAAAUCUGACUUUCUGGCUGUAGAGUACACGACAUCAUCUCCUUGUGUUCACCAUUCAGCAAGUUUGUGAAAUGUUGAUCUGUUGUUGCUUUUGCAAAAGCCAGGGUGAAACCAGGCAUCACUGCAACGCUGUUUGCACUAUUAGGUAUUCUAGUGAGCUCAGGGCACCUCCUUUUGAUGUUUUGUCUGUGUUUUCUAGAGUGCCUGUGGGCAGGAUGUAGGCUAUUUAUUAUGGAACUGUGUUCACCUCUGUCCACCAAACAUCAACAAGAAUUUUUAAAUUAAAAACAUACAAAUGGAAAGGGAUAGGGAGGCUCCAUUUUGAAACUGGUUCGGGUUCUUGAUAUUGGAAAAGUAUCGACACAGUCAAACAAAGGAAGAGCUACUAUGUAAGCUUUCUUCUUUGCAAAACUCUGAUUUAUCAGUGUCCCUUAUGCCAAGCCCCUCAUUGCUUCAUGGUUUAUAGACACUGUUCAGAAUGUGAGGCUCAGUGAAACCUUAGAAAGUCUCAUAAUGAAGCCAGAUAAUGAAACAUACAGGUAUAAUGAAUUCAAGCCAAGUGUUAAUAUUGGUUUUGGCUUCAAAUUGUGAGCAUCCAACUGUUUAUUUUUUAUUUCUUUAUAAAUAGGAUAUAGAGCUGUCAUAUGUAUUUUUGUCUUCUGAGUAGCCAGGUGCUACAGAUAUUAAAAAUAUCUAUUAUAUAUGAAAGCCAAAUAUCAGGAAAGAGUCUAACUUGUUGGGUCUGUUUUGAUUUUGUGUAUAUGUACGUGUGUAUGUGUGUGUUCAUAUAUUUAGACAUGUGUGUGUAUAUUUACUUUUGGGCAGCCCGUAAAACAUUGCCAUAGGAAAUUGCUCCAGGUUGGAUCAGAAGUUAAUUGUAGUUAAUUUUUUCCUUCACUACUGAUUUUUCCACAUAUUUUCCUCCCCCCUCCAGGAAAAAACCCCUAAACCAAAACCACUCCCAUACACUCCAGUAGCCCAGCCCACUCCCUAACUUUUGAAUUUAGGGACAUAUCAUUAAAUGGUAUAUCUUAUGUUCUGGUAGCACUGCUGUCUUUUAAGUUUGACUCCAUUGCCUUAGUUGCAAUAUAGAUUAAAGAAAUUUUCUCACUAGAUUGUCCUCCCUGGUGUAGUUUUAUUUGACUUGAUGAAGAAGUAUAUUGGGUUAUGAUUUUAAUUCAGGACAUUUUAGAAACCAAAAUAUCUCAUGUGAUAUUUCACCUUUUACCUAGAAGGAAGAAAGUAUGAAAAGGAAGUAAAAUGAAGCACAUUAUAAAAAUGUUUGGCUUUGAAUUUUUCCUGGUUUUAGGAACAGUACAUAAUUUAGAACAUCUUUUUCUGUUAUUUUGAUUAAAAUAACAAUUAGUUCUAAAGAAACCUCCUGUGCCUCCCACAACCCCAAAGCAGGUAUAAACUAUGACAUUCUGACUCUGUCUUUGAGGCUAAGGAGGGGAGGCUGUACCUGAAUAAUCUGAACUAUGUAGACACAGCCCUAGAUUAUUGUGUUUCACUCCUUCUUAGGGGAAAAACUCCUCCAAAUUCUUUCUAUUUCUUUCACAAUUUGCUUUAAAAUAAUUUCUAUUUUUAAAAAUAGACCCCUUUGCACUUUAAAAAUGUGCAUAGUUGAACGAUAGGAGAGGGCACUUUUUUCAUUCAAUAGGAUCAAGUUUAUUAGUCAGAUAGCUAUUAUUUUAAGUUGUAUAUGAGAUCGUGUAUGAAAUUGUAUUUUAUUUUGUUUAAAAUAUUUUUAUAUUGAAUUUAAAAGUAAAGCAAGUUACAAAAUAACUUUUUUUAAAAAAGGAAAUGAUAGCCUGUUCUUUUACCCAGUGCAGUUUCCUUCCCACUACUUAUCUCCAUCAGUUUCAGAAUAAAAGACAUAAUACCCUGACAAUCACGGUAAGGUACCAGGGUGCCAUGUUGAGACUCUUGGGAAUUUAGGAAUUUUACUCACUUCGAUUCUUAGAAAAGCAAGGGACAAAUUAAUUGGUGUGGAAACUCUCAUGAGUUAAAUUUGAAAGGCCAGGGAAAAACCAAUUAAACUUCGGAGGAUUUUUUUUUUAAAAUGUUGUAUUAAUAAAGUAUUUUACAUUUUUCUUUGAUACUUCUCAGAUUUAGAAAUAGAAAUUCCUUAGCCAUACUUGCCCUUUUCAGGCUCUAAGGCAUUUCUUCUUUUGAAAUUUACUUGUUCUUUUUAACUUUGGCACUAUAAAUAGAACCAAAUACUCCGUGCUGAGCAUUAUGGAAGAAGAGAUUUCUCUUGAUUCAGUGCUGGCCUCUUCUUCAGGUGAUGUUUAUUUCCAUGCCUCAGUUUGUACCCGUUGAGCUAAAUACCUGAUAAAGUGUUAGGCUUAUUCUGAACCCACGCACAUGACAACUGUUUUUGAAACUAAAGCCCAAAAUCUAGGGAUUCAAGAUGAAAGUACAGUGGAAAUGGUUUUGUACAAAGUCAUUUGUUUUUAAAUCUUUUUAGCCUCUAAACUUUUUUAUCUCACCUAAGAUACUGGGAUAGUGCCCGGUAGAUGGAGGCAUAGAAGCCAAAGUAUGCUUUUGCAUAAAUACACAGAUUGCUGGCUGAAAAUCAAAUGACUCUUGAACAAAGUAUAGUGUAUGCCUUGUACAAAUAGUAUUAGGGCAUAUAACAUGUAGAAGAUGGUGGAGGAAAAUUAAUGCGUUUUGAAGCAAUGGAACUUAAGGUGGUAGAAGCAAAAAUAUGUCGCCCAAAAUAUGUUACUUUCAACAUACAAAUGAUUGGAUGUUUUAGUCUGCAAAGUAUUUUGAAACUUCUAUCAUAAGCUAGUGCCUUUUUCCAUCUUAUUAAGCUUACUUAUAAGCCACCUUUAAAAGCUACUGUGGUAUUUGGUCAUUGUUGGAGGAUUUCUUAUAUUCCAAGAAUCUGUGAUAAUUCUACCCAUUACAGAUUCCAACCUACACUCAUUUUCUUCCCAAAUGGUAAUUUAUUAAUAUCUAUUUUUGUAAAUAUAGAGAAUAAGAUGAGAACAGCCUAUACAAUUUUAUUUUCAGAAAUUGACUGGGUUUAGAAUUAGAUUGAUAAAUAGAACUCAUAAUUUGAAAGUGUUGAAAAUAAUAUAAAGGGAUCUCAAGACAGUAAAUAUUGUGAGUUGAGUUAGUCAACAAGCAUUUAUGGUGCCGAUAGCCUACUGAGAGUGGGGCCAUUGAGUAAGAUUUUUGAAAGCACCAAGCUUAGAAUUAUGCCAUGAAGAACUGUAACCUAUAGCCAAACCAUUGCACAUUCAGAGCACUUAGAUAUAUUUUUCAUGUGAGUCUUGCAGGAUUAUAUCCAUUUUAGAAGAGAAAUAAUCUUUAAGGACUAUAGCUAUUUGGGCUAGGUUUUUAGAGCUCCCCUGAGAAAUGAAAUCAGGUACACUGUAUCUCCCUUUUUCCCCUGAGCCCCAGAUGCUUUUAUUUCCUCCUAGGGUGUAUUUGGUAUGAUGUAUUUCUUUUUUUCCAAAUGUGCAUAGACAUGCAUGUUACACAUGCAUCCGUAAUUUGGUUUUGCUUUUUUUCAGUCAUUUUCAGGUACUAGUUAAUCUUUAGCAGUCAAUAUAGAUGGCUAUGUUUAUCUAAUGACUACAAAUGUACUUGGCAACUCCUAGUACACCUGUUUUAUAAGCAGCCCUGAAAUCUCACUAGUUUUCUUUGCUUUAAGCUGGAUCUAUGCCACUUGGCUUGAAGUUGCACCAAUGUGGUGUCCUUGUUAAUGGUAGCAGAUGUGAAGCAGUGAAAUGAGUGACUGUUUAGAAAGAAGGAAGGGAGCUUUUGUUACAGAUCAGUUAUGGAAACAAAUCAUAUCCAUCAUUUCUUGUGAUGAAUAAAAAUAUAUUGAAAAUCUCAGCAAAGCAAAUUUUUAGAAGUGUGUAAAUUUGGGUGGGCAGUAAAAAAAAGCUCAGAGGAGAGUGAUCUUCUGUUAAUAUGAAAAUAAAGCUGUAUGUGGUCCUAUAAAAUAAUAUCAUUGGCCGUUACUAGGUCUCAGUUAAAGGAUUAUAAAAAUGCAACCCUCCUAAGAAUUAUGUAGGAGAUCUGUCUAUACAAGGACAUUUUAGUUGCUUCAGUAACAUGUAAGUAUGUACUUAGUAAGUAGUGUCAGUCAACAAUAUUUACUAUGUGCCAGGCAUUGUGAUCUGCUCAAGGGUUACCAUAAGAAAGGUGAAAGACAGUACCUCCUUUCCAGUCUAAUGGGGAAGAUAUCAUGACUUAUGUACAUACAAUCUGCGUGCGGAAUAAAUUGGAGAUGAUAAAGAGAGGGAAUCAGGAAUGGCUUCUUCUAGAAGGUGGAAUUUUGGCUGAGACUUAAAGAAAGCUGGGAGACAGUGGUAGAGAAGGAGAGAAUUCCAGUCACCGGGGACAGCCAGUGAAAAUGCAUGGAGGCACAGGGGAUGGAGAGUCUGGUGUGAAGAAUAGCAAAGAGGCUGGUGUUACUGGAUUUCAGAAUAUUGGGCGUGAGGGGUGAGCUAAAAUGGAAGAAGAUUUGAGAGGUGUAGGGGGUGCAAAUUAUGAAGGGAUUUGAAUGCCAGACAGAAUAUUUUAUAUUUUAUCUUGAAAGUGAUAGGAAACCACUGGAGCUUUUUCAAUGGGGGGUUAACACGAUCAGACCUGCAGUAAGUAGAGGAUGACCUGGAGUGUCCAGCUCUGAGGUGAUAAGGGCCUACACCAGGGUAUGGCACAUUGGGUGAUGUGUUCAUAUCUGUGUUCCUACAUGGUGGUCAAGUAUGCAGAUGGGUAUAAGGUUCUCAAAACUGUAGCACAUCAAAUAUGAUGUUAUUAGGUUUUUCUCCCUUGUGUCUGUGUGCUAGGGAUUUCACCCAUGCCCCCAAACUUGAUUUAUGACCCCGUCUUUGUCAACCUGUCUUUCAUUAGAUAGAACAUUCCUUUUUCUGAUUUAAUUUUUGCUGUUGCCUCUCUUAGAGGAUGUUAUCUUUUAUUGCACUCUGAAAUGUAAAAUAAGGCUGCCUCAUUAACUGUACAUUCUUGUAUGCUUUUCAUGUAGCCACCAGACUUGUAUGUUAGCUUUCAGCUUUCUAGUAUCGUAUUUCACAGUUGCUUCAUCUGCCACAUGGUAAAUGUUACUGUUCCACAUUUGGCUAUAUCAAAGGAAAUGAAUGUGUAAACAUUUUAAUAGCAUCUUAACAUAAUUUGUUUUUACUGCUAUUUAUUAAGAUGCUACUCAGUCCUAAAGGUUUAUAUUACUUUAUUUUUUUUUCCCCAAAGGCACUGACUUCAGGAAUGCCAUAUGAUUUCGGGAAAAGUUGCAAAAAAUGUUAUUUACCAUAUUAAACUCUCAGGUUAUAUUGUUGAAAAAUUAGUUUAUAUUUUGCUGUUACUUAAACCUGCUGCUGUAGUAGAAGUAUAGAAGUUUGUAUGUGAUCAUGAAUAAGGGAGGAAGGGCACCUUUUUUGAGUUAGUCAUGGUGGUGAUUUAGUAAAUUCUGUAUGGUUCUCAAUCUAAAAUAUUUACUUCAAAAAGAAUCAAUUUUGGCCUGAUUGAAUAAAAUGCUCCAGAAGUUGCACUGAAAGAAACAAACCAUCGGUAAAAUAUAUAAUAUAUGUGUGUCUGUAUAUAUGAUGCGAUAUAGAAGGAUGGUACAAAUGGAGCAUUUGCAUCAACCUACUAAACUCACAUUGAGAGAAAACUAAAUCCUAUAACUAACUAAGUCUUAGUCCAACUAAGUCUCGAUAAAGCCAGGUACUGUAGCUAUAAAGAAAAGUAGCUUUCAAGUACCUUGGGAAUAAAUAACUUAGAAACUUGUAAAAGAAGUACACUUUUGUAUUUUAAUGCCUUUAGAAGUAUACAAUACAAAUCUUGUGUCUAUGCUUUGGCCAGUGAAAUUGUAAGCUUGUAUCAUAACUUGCUUUUAGGUGGGAGAUUUUUGAAAAUAGGAUGUAUAUAUGAUACUGUAUAUGCAAAUGUGUUUAGUUUCACUUGUAAAGGGGGAAAAAGGCUUAUUUUCUUUACACUUCGAUAAAUUGUUUUGCAUAUAACCAGCACUGACUGAAAGGCAUGUGUAACUGCAUACACUGUUGCUUUUUUGUGAAAUGAAAAUAAAUAUUUAAAUACAA